UGUCGAGGCUGAAGGUAGCUGCUGGUAUAACCGUACCUGCUUUUCCUUCUUUACUUUUACUCCAGAGCUUUUGCAAUCAAAGCCGAAAGAUAAUGACAACAUAAAGGGGAAUUGUAAAAAGUGUUUUCAGACAUGCAGUGGACAGGUUCGAUCAACAACCAAUUGGAUGAGGCAUAUCAAGAAGCACCCAGACUUUUAUGCUGAUUAUAAGAAGAAGAAGGAAAGAAACCAAGCUAGAGAUAGUGUGACUGUGUCAUCCAAGGCGGCUGCUGCCAGAAAGGAAAGAGUAGCUGUUCGUCAAUCUCUCCUGAAUUUUCCGUCAUCAAAGGCCCCAUCUAAGCUAUCUAAAUUGGAACAGAGUAAAAUUGAUGCUUUGAUUAUGAACUUCAUAAUAACGAAAGCCCUUCCACUGAACACCGUCGAUGAUCCAGCUUUCAUUGCCCUUGUCAAUGGGCUCAAUCCAAGAGCUAAUGUUAUGGGUGCCAAAAAAUUAAGAACACUGCACUCAAGCUCUCGUGUUUGGUCGUUACAAAACAGCAAGUAACUCAGAUGGAUGUCGUUGAUAAAGACCAUUCCACAGCAGAGAUUUAUUGCACGGGCGAAGGGCUCGAGCAUCAGCUACACGUCACGUCCGAUGCAGUUGUUCCGGUCAUUGAAUUUGACUUCAACCUAGGCGUCCUCCUCGUUGUUCCAGAGAGUUAUUCACAACCCAUCGACAGAUGAAGACGCGGAAAAAGUGAUCAUUUCAUCAGGUUUGUGAGUACUUUGUACCUGUUUCGGAGUAAAUCACCGAGAUGUGAAGAAAAGGGGUACAAAUCCUGUCCUUUCGUGAAAAUUCAGAACCUAGGACAAGGAGAUGGAGAAUUUCUUCUGUUUGAAAAACUCUGCGAUUGCCGUAAGGUGUGUGAAGAUUUGAAGUAGCGUUUUCUUUUCUUUUUUACUUUUUUUUGCCGCAAAAUUCUUUUGUUUAAUUGUUGUCUUAUUCGUGUAUCUCUAACUCUAAAUUCGUGAUGGAUUCUUUUCUCGAUAUCAAUAAAUGGAUUUCAUCCCACAAA